GAGUCGCACUUCCACCAGCAGCCUUUCCACACAUACACACACAGAUCAGAACUAAACCUCACACACACACACGCACACACACACGGGGCUGGACUCACAAUCAGCCGGGUCUUACCAUUGUCGUCUUGAGCUCUACAGCCACCUGAACGUUUGGGAAUUUCAAGUGGUUUUAAUGUUCGCCGGAGCGAGCGGAACCUGCCAUCAUGGGAUUGCAAUUACCAGCCAAUGUGCUGAAGUGAGCUGGAUUUUUCCUCCAGUUUAAGCCCUGCCCCUCCCCAAGGGGCCACUCCCCCUCCAUCCCACCGGAGGAUCAGCAAUCAUGGCAGGAAUCAAGCGCGGGUACGACGGGAAGAUCGCCGGACUGUAUGACCUGGACAAGACAUUGGGCCGCGGCCAUUUCGCCGUCGUCAAACUAGCACGUCAUGUCUUCACCGGUGAAAAAGUGGCAGUCAAGGUAAUAGACAAGACCAAGCUUGACACGGUCGCGACUGGUCACCUCUUCCAGGAAGUCCGCUGUAUGAAACUGGUCCAACAUCCCAACAUCGUUCGGCUCUAUGAGGUCAUCGACACACAGACCAAGCUCUACCUGAUCUUAGAGCUUGGCGAUGGUGGCGACAUGUUCGAUUACAUCAUGAAGCAUGAAGAGGGACUGAAUGAAGAACUGGCCAAGAAAUAUUUUGCGCAGAUUGUGCACGCCAUCUCAUACUGUCACCGCUUGCACGUGGUUCAUCGUGACCUAAAGCCAGAGAAUGUGGUGUUCUUUGAGAAACAGGGCCUGGUCAAGCUCACAGACUUCGGCUUCAGUAAUAAGUUCCAGCCAGGGAAGAAGCUGACCACCAGCUGUGGCUCGCUGGCUUAUUCUGCCCCUGAGAUCCUGCUGGGAGAUGAGUACGAUGCACCUGCUGUGGAUAUCUGGAGUCUUGGGGUCAUCCUCUUCAUGCUGGUCUGCGGUCAGCCCCCCUUCCAGGAGGCCAAUGACAGCGAGACCCUCACUAUGAUUAUGGACUGCAAAUACACUGUACCUGCCCACGUCUCCAAUGCCUGCAAAGACCUGAUCAACCGAAUGCUUCAAAGGGAUCCAAAGAGGCGAGCAUCGCUGGAGGAGAUCGAGAGCCACCCGUGGCUUCAAGGGGUGGAUCCAUCUCCAGCCACCAAAUACAACACUCCUCUUGUGUCUCAUAAGAAUCUGUCUGAGGAGGAACACAACAGCAUCAUCCAGCGCAUGGUCCUGGGAGAUAUCGCAGAUAGAGAAGCCAUCGUCGAAGCCCUGGAGACAAACAAGUACAACCACAUCACUGCUACUUACUUCUUGUUGGCUGAACGGAUCCUGAGGGAAAAGCAGGAGAAAGAGGUGCAACCUCGUUCUUCCAGUCCCAGCAACAUCAAGGCUCAAUUCAGGCAGUCAUGGCCUACUAAAAAUGACUUGCAUCAAGACAUCGAGGACAGCUUAGCCUCUUCAUCUAUCUGUCAUGCUGGGGGUCCACAGUCACCAGCUCGCAGUGCAGAAAACCUGCUGAAUGGUCACCGCAAUAAAGGACUUCUGGAAGUGAGCCGUAGAGAGGAGAUCUGCGAAGCUUCCAGCAGCUCUCCUGCACCUGCUUCUCUGCCCCCAAACCCCCUUAAGCCUGGGGUCAUGGCCCCACUUGCAUCUGCUUCAGCCAAGCAACGAACCUGCCUCUUUCGGGUGGAAGAAGAUGAGGAGGAGGAAGAAGAACAAGAGCCUUCACCAUUGCCCACACAGGUCGUAUUGCGACGCAAACCACUGUCUAUCACCAACCGGCUGACGUCUAGAAAAAGUGCCCCAGUGCUUAAUCAGAUCUUUGAGGAGGAAGGCGAAUCAGAUGAUGACUUUGACAUGGACGAGAGUCUUCCACCUAAGCUCAGCCGGUUGAAGAUGAACAUGACAUCUCCAGGUACAGCGCAGAAGCGCUACCCCCGGCGCAAAAGUCAGGGCCGUGGUUCCAGCUGCUCAAGCUCCGAAACCAGUGAUGAUGAUUCAGAAAGUCAUCGUCGACGACUAGACAAAGACACAGGGUUCACUUACAGCUGGAACCGCAGGGACAGUAGUGAGGGUCCACCUGGAAACUCUGGGGGUAACGGGGGUGGCAGUAGUGGAGGCCAAAGCAAGCCACCUGGGGAAGGUAACUCAGGACCAGACAAGGGCAGUCCUCCAGGGGGAGGGAGUGGUGGUAGUGCAGGAGGGAGCAGUGGAGGUGGUGGAAGUACAAAAGGACAGGGAGGCCCUUCCAGCUGCUCCCGCAGCAACAACAACAACGCUUCAUCUGGCUCAACACGUAGUGCAGCUCGAAGUGCAGGGGAACUUGUAGAAAGUUUAAAACUCAUGAGUCUCUGCUUGAGUUCUCAGUUUCAACAUCGCAGCUCUGGAGGAGGUGGUGGCGGACGGUUUAUCCUUGAUCCUCAGAGCCUGUCCAGCGUUAAAGUGCAGGAGAAGUCCUCCUGGAAGAUGUGCAUUGGCUCCAACAACAGUCUAGACAAAGUUAUCAACCCUGCCUUGAAUGGUGGCGUUGGUGCAAUGGAGCAUUAUCAAGACCAAACAGCAGUCAUGUUAAAUGAACUUGGUCUGGUCAAAGAAAACAACCUGAACUUGAAAAAUAAUGUUCUCCAGCUACCUCUGUGUGAAAAGACCAUCUCGGUGAACAUCCAGCGAAGCCCCAGGGAUGGGCUACUCUGUGCCUCAGCCCAGGCCAGCUGCUGUCAGGUCAUAUGACGGCACGGCUCACGGCUGGUUCACAGAGUUGGAUUGUUCCUAUUGCCACAUUUGUAGCAUAUGAUGACUUGAGUUCUCCACCAGUAGCUGUAUAUGACCUCUCUUGAUCCCAACUUGACCUUUAAACCUGCCUUCUAUGUUGUCUUAAUCAUUCUCACAACUUAUUUAUUAAGUUUCUUCUCUUGGACCCAUUGGUUUUUAAUGAAGUGCACGCUGCUAGUCUGAACUUUUUUUGUGUCUUUAUUGUUUUGCCCAAUUAGACUUUAGUGUAUUUUGGUAUGUAUUUCUGGUUAUUUUCCUUUUAUAGCCCUUGAAAUUAAAUGCUCUUAACAUGAAUUCCAUGUAUCCAACGCCACUCAAUCAAUCAAGAUUUGCGCAAGCCGCAUGUGUAAAAUGACCCUUAAUAAACUGGAAUUUAAAUUAAGACCAAUCAGAUGUUAGAGCAGAAUGUGGCGAAUUUUAAAACAAGCACUUAAAAGAAGUUCAGCCUAUAAAUACCACAAAUAAUUUUGUAAAUGGAAGCCCCGAUAUGAUUGUAAUGAGAUGGUUAUACAGUAAAAGCAAUAGUGAGAGUAGAGAACAAAACUUGUUUUAAAUCAUAGUGCUGUCUGAUCAGUCUUAAACUAAAUGACCAUUUUGGUAUUUGUUCACCAUUUUUAAAGUGCUAAUGACUGUUUCUGUUGAUAAUCUUUAGUAUAGAUGAACAUUUGAGGUUAGUGACAAUCAGUUGCAAUAACAAGGGAAAUGUUUAAUAGGGGAUUUCCAAAAGGAGCUUAUGAUUAUUUCAGACAUCUUGUAUUUGUUUCGUAAAAUAUUAAGUUUAAAUGACAUUCACACGUUCCACGUUCUUAAUUUACAUCACUGUUUUGUUUGUAUAUUUGGAGAAACGUUUUGGAUUUAAGUGCAAUUUAUAGUCAAGCUGGUAAAAUUUACAAGCUCAUAAGCGAAAUGCGCUCUUAAGUAAUAAUGUUUUGCCAAAUUUGCAUCCCAGACAGCACUGUGUAUACACCCACACAUAAAUGCGUUCUUAUCGAAUUAUAAAAUUAAAAAUUCACUAUGGUGCGAGUAGAGUCUGCAAUUAGGAUACUUUAAACACCAUUCAAAGCUCAGCAGGGGUAAUUAGCCUUUACAAUGCUGUCUUUGCCAGAGUAAAAUCAAACCCACAGACAGUGAUAGUAUUCAGCUGGUGUAGUUCUGAAUAUUUUAAUGGGAAUCGUUAAGCCAGUAGCCCUCUUUCUUAACGUCGUUAUUACAGAUAAAAUCUAAAUAGAGAGAAGUGAUUCCUUGGCUUGAGAAAUCGUUGUCGUUUAUUCUCUCACCACUGUUGUUCUUGUACAAUUCAGCUUCGAGUUACUGUAUAUACCAGUCUCAGAAUCGACUGGCCUUAGGGGCUGUUUAUAAGUAUGUACAUAUAUUUUUUUAAAAGUUUAUUUUUUUUAAAGGACUGCUGUUUUAAAAUGCUGUUUUGGAUGUGAGCCUUAAACCGGCUUGUUAGAUGGAAUGAAACUGAGCUUUUUUAAUCACCUGAUAAAUGGAUUAUCUAUUGAGCGGAUGGCCAGUCUUUCUUUCAAGAGUUGGCCGUUGGGUGAUCAUCAACUGGUAUAAAAAUAAGUCAAAAAGCUCUACAGGACGGCGAGUGUGAAAGAUGAUCGGUUGUGAGAUUUUAAGGGCAUUUGCAAUAAGAUAAGCUAUAAGUUGCAGCUAUAUGUAAAUAUCAGUUUUGUUUUUUUGUUUUUAUAUUUCAAACCUGUACAUCCUUCAAAUGGCUCACUUGACCCAAAAUUAUCUUAAGUAUUUCUGUUUGUUUUUGUCUUUUUUUUUUGUUUGUUUUUAAAAAUAAAAGUGUGUAAAUAUUGGUGUAAAUAUGGUGCUCUACACUUAGAAAUGCAGUGUUGGACUUAUGUUCAUAGCUGUAAUAUAGCCUUAUUAGAUAUGAGUGUCAAAAACAGAGCAGGUUGAAAAGGAAAAAAAAAAAAACAAAAAGAAAAAAAAAGUGCUGUAUGCAUAAUGUUAGUCUCUGACUUUGUCCUACCCUAAUGUAAACAGCUAAACGACAUGUGCAUGUGUUGUGCGUUUGACAUUACUGAUCCACGUUCGUUUAGAGGAAAAGAACCACCUCAAAAAGUUACAGGACCAAACUAUGUACUGACGUAAAAAAAGAAAAGAAAAAAAAACACCUUUGAAGAAGCAAAAUUGAUAAAUGUUCUGUUGCUGAAACUUGUCUUUAAAAGUUACAUAUAGCUAUGGUGAUGUCCGAAAUUAAAUGUGAAAUAUGUUGUCUUUAAA